CCCUGCUCGUCGUGCCCUGGUCUGAUGCGUUGUUGAUCACGUGACCUUACGUUGCGCGUGCCGAAGCUGCACGCCAGGCAGCAAAGGAGGCGCGCCCUGACGUCAUGGUGAAGUUUGCUCUACAGUUGAAGGCCUCUUUGGAGAAUAUUACUCGGCUUCGGCCGCUUGGCGAUGAUUUCCGUUGGUUCUUGAAGCUAAAAUGUGGAAACUGCGGAGAAGUUCCAGACAAGUGGCAAUACAUCACGCUGCUGGACAGUGUACCCCUAAAGGGAGGCAGAGGCAGCGCCAGCAUGGUGCAGAAAUGCAAGUUAUGCUCCCGAGAAAAUUCCAUCGAUAUUUUGCAGCCUUCCCUGCAGCCAUACAAUGCUGAAGAUAGUGACACUUUUAAAACAAUUGUAGAAUUUGAGUGCCGGGGUAUGGAACCUGUUGACUUUCAGCCUCAGGCUGGAUUUGCUGCUGAGGGUGCAGAAACUGGGACUCCCUUUAAUGAAAUUAAUUUGCAGGAGAAGGACUGGACUGAUUAUGAUGAAAAGGCGAAAGAAUCUGUGGGAAUCUACGAAGUGACGCAUCAAUUUAAAAAAUGCUAAACAGUCGUCAGUGCCAAUAAAUACAGAAUAUUUAUAUACUACA